ACGUGAUAAUUCAUGACCACGAAGGCAAUGUUUGUCAUAAUAACUCUCAUUUUACUGGGUCUCCAACUGUUUUUCUCGACAAAAUGACAAUGACUGAUAAAUUAUUAAUCAAAUUUACCUCUUACACUAAAAUCAGUGAAAUUGAAGUUUUUGGAGGAAAAAAUGUAGCGUUUUCAAAAGAAACAGAACAGUCAAGUACUUACAGAGAAAAAGGAGUAUUUCUUACCUCAGAUAAAGCUGUGGAUGGUUGGAAUAGCAAUUAUGAAUUCUCCAAGAUUUCUUGUACCCAUACAGUGCCUUACAAAUCAAAUCCAUAUUGGAAAGUGAAUCUAGGAGAUUUUUAUGCUGUGAUGUCUAUAUUGAUAAGUAACAGGGACGAUUCUAACAGAAGACGCAUUGAUGGAUUCACCCUGUAUGGCAAAACAAGAGAUGGAACCGAAAAUCUUAUCUACAACGACACAAAUAAAUCCUCUUCUGGAAGGAAAGAAAUUUUAAUUGACUCUUCUUACAUGCUAUGGGAACAAGUAUCUCAAAUCAUAAUUAAAGGGGAACACAUAAGCUCAGAGAAAAUACUGACUUUAUGCGAAGUCUUUGUCUUUGCAUGCAUUCCAGUCAAAACAACCUCAGCCUAUUGCUUGGGUUUCUGUCCGAAGAACUGCCAUCCAGAGGAGACUUGUCUGAAUGAGAAUUUCACGUGCUCGCAGUGUAUUCCUGGAUGGACUGGUCCUUACUGUGAUCAACCCAUAAAAUGUGCAAAACCAGUUUUAAGUGACAGAUUACAUGUAACAGACGACAAACAAUCAUACGUUUAUGGAGAGGAGAUACAAUUCCUGUGUGAGAUUGGCUUCCGCCUCCUUGGGACCACUCGUGCUACUCUGGACUUUUGUGUUCUUUUUCUUGUGUCAUGUUCUCCAGCUAUUACGUGCAGAAGACCGUAUAAAGUGCCUGAACAUAUGUCUCUCAAGCCUGAUAAACCCCUCUAUGCCUUUAACGAAUCAAUAAAUUUGGGAUGUGCCAAUGGUUUCUAUCUUUUAAAAUCCUUGACGUUGACAUGCCAUCUUCCAGACACAUUUACCCAAAAGAUACCGAAUUGUCAUGCAAUCAGUUGUCCAACACCAUAUCUUAGUGAAAACUUAGAGAUAACAAGUUUGAAGCAAUCAUACAGUUACCAAGACGUCAUACACUUCCGUUGUAAGAACGGCUUGAGGUUGCAUGGAAUCAACAAAGCUGUGUGCGGAGAAAGCAACAAAUUCAGUUUUACUGUGUUACCUACAUGCGAACAUUUGAACGACCAUUUAACUGUCUUCAUAACACUCGGAACGUCACUUGGAGGAAUAUGCAUUUUCUUCCUACUAUUUUCCAUUGGGCUGAUACUUUACAUGAGUAGAAGAGAAAAGAAGUUAAAAUAUUCAAAAUCCCACAAUGCCACCAAACAAUCCUACCAUUAUACCGAUAGUCAACAGUACCAGCAAAUAAAUACAGUUGGAGAAAUAGAAUCAGUCUACACCA